AACACUUUUCAUACAUAAAUUUUAAUAAGUACACAUGUUCACGACAUCCAACAGCUGCAAAACAUUUCUCGAUGGAAUAAAAUGUAAAAAAUCCUUUGUAAAAAAAAUAAAUUUUAAGAUCAUCAAGAAAUCAUGGAACGUUCGCUACCUUCCCUCUUAUUUGUUGGGCAACAGAUAAAAGAAUGGAUAGGAAUACUUACGAAAGAAGCCGCUGGUAGCAAAGUCAUGGCAGAUGUCGAUAUGAAAUUACCGGACUACAAUAUGGCAGUAUAUUGCUUGUCAGCGGCAUUAGCAUUUACAGCUACUAUUGUGUUUGUGAUGGCUUGGAAGAGAUCAGAUGCAUCAAAAAGGAAUGAUGAAGAUUGCCGCAAGCCAAACGACGACGAUAUGGAGGGUAGCGAUAUAACAAAUGAUUUAGCAUGGUUUAGAGAUCGGAACGUCGGUGGUGGAGAGUCUGUGCCGUGGAUCCUACAGGAGGGACCUCCUGGCGAUGAUCCUAUUCCACCAAAUGAACAUGACUUCCAAUCAGCUACAUCUUUAGAGAGCUCGGAAGUUGAUUUUUUUGAGCGGACUUUUGACAAUGGAAGAAAGCCUAUCAACAAAAUGAACGUGUCCGGUGGAAAGUGGUACUCGCAAAAUAUCGAGGACGCUAUGAAAGAAGAGCUUCCUUGGAUUCUUCGAGAUGCUUCUAGUGAAGACAUGGAAGAUGACACGUCCGUAUAAUGUCCAUUGUCGGGAUUAGCUGACUCCCGACAACUGAGCCCGUUCAUUAGACCAAUUUGUCGAGUAAAAUAUAGCUGUGGAUUUUCAAAACGCACACUAUUUACCUAUCAAUAAACCUGUGCUAGCUCAUA